GUUUUGUAACGUAUCUAUCUCCAUGUUAGGCCAUUUCAUAGGUGUUUGGGGGUGUAUUUGCAUCUAGACACCAACUUAUUGAAGGCCAAUGACACUCCUCCUUUUCUUAUGAGCCUUGUGUUGUUACUAUGUUUAGGAUCCUCUCUUUGUUGGAGAACGUUGUAAUGAAGAUCCAUGAGAAGAUUUUAACCCAUUACCUAUCCUGCACCUCACCGAUAGAUAAAGAAGGAUAUCUCUACAAAAAGAAAGAGAGGACCUCCUCCUACCAGAGACGCUGGUUUGUCCUGAAAGCCAAUCUCCUGUUCUACCAGGAGCGUCCGGCAGAUCGACACCCUGGGGUUAUUGUCCUAGAGGGCUCUGCUGUCCAGCGCUGUGAGUCUGAGGGAGGACUGUUUGCCUUCUCCAUGGUGUUCAGAGGUUCAGGGCUGAAAACCUACGGGCUUGCUGCUGAGAACCAGCUGGGCCAGGAGAGCUGGGUCAAAGCCCUGCUCACAGCCAGCCACUGUUACCUUUCACUGCUGGUCAGAGACCUGGGGAAGCAGUACGAAGAGGCUAAACGCCAAGCUGGCCUGCUGAAUCCCAUCCAACGAACCACUGUGACUGGUCCAGGCUCAAUGUGCCAAUCCAUGACUUACCUGAACUCAUGCUCCUCCUCCUUCCUCAUGCCAGGACCAGAGAGGAGAGAAGGGGGAAGCCACAGUGCCAGUAAUCUAUUACAAGCCCCUCCAAUCCCCAGCAAAGUCAUCAAUAAGAGGUCCCCUAAGCAUUGGCCCAAGAGAAAUGCACAUGUCACACCUAUAAAUGGACCAGCACCACCAUAUGGGGAAUGGCCACAAGUGGACUUUGAUCCUCUAGAGGAUUUCACCAAGCUACAUGAUUACUAUGGAGAGGAGGUGAAACAGCUGAGAGCUGAUUGGCUGAGGAGGAGGCAGGAGGAAGAGGAGCACCUUGAGGAGGAUCUCAUUGACCUGAGUGAACACUGACCCACAGAGACAGUCACCACUCUGGUUAUUUUGAUGAGGACUUUGGU